AUGGCCACCAAGCGCUCUGCUCCUUCAUCCUUCGACGACGACAAGAAGUCUUCUUCGCGCCCCUACAACAAACGUCACCGCAUCAACACUGCCCAACCACAUAAACCUCUCCCUGCCAACCUCGGAAACAAGUCUUUCAAAAAAGCUCACUCGGUCAACGACCUCAAAUCCUCCAUCCGAUCCCUCAGACGUCUUCUCAACGGUCCCAACUCAUCUAAGCUGCCCGCUACGGUUCGCUCCGAAAAGGAAAGGGCCCUGCAGACCGCAGAGCAAGAUCUGAAGAGGGAGGAAGAUGCAAUCAAGAGAGACCAGUGCAUUGGACGGUGGCACAAGGUUCGAUUUUUCGAUCGGCAGAAGGCGGAACGAAGACUAAAGAAGAGUAAGAAAGCGCUGAAGAAUGCUGAAGCCGAAGGAGGGGAGCUAGAGGAGUUGAGGAGGAAGGUAGAGGAUGGAGAGAAUGAGGUCAAUUAUGCAAUUUACUUUCCGCUCGAUAUGGAUUAUGUACCGCUGUUUCCUACAAAGAGGAAGGGAAAAUCCGAGGAGGAGGAGAAGGAGGAGGAGAAGGAGGAGGAGAAAGGGAGACCUCGUGAGACUGGCACUGGGGAAGUGGUGAGACAGGGCGAUGAUGAUAUGUGGCAGCUGGUGAAAAAGUGCGCGAGCGAAGGGAGACUGAAAGAUUUGAGAGAGGGCAGGUUGAGGCGGGCUAGCAGUGGCGAUGGAGAGGGAGAAGAGGAGCAGAGGACUGUUAAGCAGAAGAUCACUACAGAAGGGAAAAAGACGGAGCAGACUGUUAAGGCACCACAACUUUCGCAGGAUGAGCAAAAGGAUGGAGAAAUGGAAAGCGAUAAUGAGAGUGGCGGAGGCUUUUUCGAGUAAGUGAAGAGAGGAGCGGUUGGUAUUUGCUUCGUCUCAAUUUAUGAUACCCAAGCACAUAACGAUAGCACUUCUAGCCUUGAUGGCAUGAACAUCAGCGUACAUAUCGAAAGGCCCGGCACCUGCUGCGUCUCACCACUUUUGCGGCUGCGAGGGCGGUUUAGAUAUGGCGUCGCCAGUUUCGUCAUUGACCCAGCCCUCAAUCCUCGAUGCCACGUCUCCGACCAGGCGUUCAUAUCUCUCGUCCACGAAGAACAACCCGCAAUGAGCCCCCACCUCAUCUACGUUCUCCAUGAAUACUCGGACCCACCUUGGAUCUCGCUCGCCAUUCGCAUCCUUGGGCGGUAAGGUGCAGAACAUGCGGUCCUUCCUGGGCUUGUGCGAUUCUUCUUUGCUAUUCACCGAUGUCAUGCUUUUGGCUGCUGGGGCAAGUGAGCUCUGGUCGUACGUGAAAGACGUAUCAACUGUCGAUGCAGUAGUCGAGGGCCGCGGGCUCGAUUCUCUAGGGGGAGUCACCACCAUUGGGAUCGUAUCCGGAUUGCUACUUUGACCCGGUUCAGGACUGCGCUCGCCACGCAUUCUGCGCCCUUCGCGUUCCAUGCGAUGCUGCUCCUUCUCGAGCCGCAGAUGUUCGCGCUCCGAGUGUGUCAUUUCGG